AUGCUCUUGGAGGAGAUCUUGCCGCAUUGCCAGCUCAGGGACUUGUCUCUGUACCGCAGCGGCAUCGGACUUGAUGGGCUGCGGCGCGUGGCUGAAGCUGCUUGCAAAUCGGGUACACUACGUGCGCUGGACGUCACUGCAAACGGCCAGCAUUGCGAGCGCUGGGUAGAGGCGCUGGGGAAGCCUUUGGCCUUUGCGUUGGCCAGCGCGAAGUCCCUGAAGGUGUUGACUUUGUCGUGCCCUGAGCAGCAGCUGCAGGCAGCCACGGGCAUCUUCCAAGAUCUGCCCGUGCGUGUGAUUCUUGUGCCCAACGAGCAGAACAACUACAACAGGCCAAUGUUCUUGGGCCACAGCGAUUGA